AUGGUAGAUGCCGCCUGGCAUCUGGAAUCGAAGAACUGUGGUAUGGGAAUUAUCUUUAUGGCUAAUAUGGAGGAGCCUGAGCGGCGAUCCUCUCAUUCCCGCCGUCUUGUCACCUCUGCACCGGCUGUAGAAGCGUGGGCAAUUUGGGAGUCUCUGAUCAUCAGUGUGGACCAUGGUUUCGGCGAAAUACAAGUGUUGUCUGACUCCCAAGUGCUGGUUAAUCUCCUGAACUCUCAGGAGACGCACACGGAUAUUCAUGCAAUUGUUACCGAUAUUCGCCUCUUGGCUUUAUCUUUCUCUGUAAUAUCUUUCAGUUAUGUCCCUCGAUCGCUUGUUUCCGAGGCCGACAUGCUUGUGAAAGAAGCUUUGCAAACUUUGAUGUACUUGCACGAUUGA